AUGGGGAUGACCUAUAACCAUCUCCUUAAGAAGGACAUUGUAGAGCUGUGCAGAGAGAGAUGACUGCUCAUUGAAAGAUUUACCAAGGCACAGCUGAUUGCUCGGUUGGAAGAGAAUGAUCGCUUUAAGGAGCCAAUUCCUGACCAAGCUGGGGCUGCAAGAGAGGCUGGGAACAGCCAGGCAGCUCCAGGGAUCAUUCCAGCCACCGACCCAACCAGGAAUGCGGGAGGGACUGAAAGAAGCCAAGCAGCCCCAGGAUCCACCUACCCGACCAGCAGGGGAUCUUCCUGACCGAGUUCCCCAUUGGUGGAGCUGUGAUGGUUGGAGUUGGAAAUGGAAUUGAAACUGAAAGAGCUGGAGGACCAUGAGAAGGAGCAGCAGGAACGGGAGGACUGUGAGAGACAGAGGCAGCAUGAACUGGCGAUGGCGGAGCUGAGAAGCAGAGAGACCCCUACUAUGCUGAGUGAGGCUGACAAUAUUGACAUACAUGAUGAGUCUCUGGAUGGCAAAUGCUCAUUCCAUGAAACCCAGAUCGCUGCUUGGCAAAGAGGACCUGCCUCUGAGCUGAUGCUGAAUGAUCUAAAAAGACAACAAACAGCAGCACACAGCAUUCCUGAUGCAAUUGACACAAUCAUACCAGCCAAUGUAAGAAAUAAUAGAGCAGAAUUGAUAUUCAAGGACUAUGUUUGCAGAGAGUGGUACUCUGAAUCUGAAGAAAACUGUGAAGCUGCAGUGCAUGCAAGAGUUUCUGAUAUGGCCUUUAUCAUUAAACAUCAAAAUGAAAACCCAAAAUGUGGAUGGACACAUUUCAACCAAUUGCAUGUGACAACAGAACCAGAAAAAUGUAUAGGCCAGCACACACAGGCUUCAGGGCUACCGGAUGCCUGUACUGAAAGUGGAGCUCAUGGACCAAACCCAACAGCACAAGAUAUGUAUGGCCAAUCAUAUGCCAGGGUGAUGCAGAUCCACAAACUGACAUUUCAAGCACUGUGGAGCCCGCUUCUUCUACAACUCUUGAACUUUAUAGCAGCUUAUGAUCAAGAGCUCAAAGAUGAUAUCAUCACAGCUGACCAGUCACAUUCUUAUGUGCUCCUUUAUUUCAGAGAAUCCAUCUGCACUAAUUACCAUACCACUGUUCCAAUGGAAGACACUGAAGCCAAACUUUGCAGUAAUGACAAAGAAGAAGCACUCAGAAGGGAAUUGCCAUACUGUACAGGAGAAAUUGACUUCAUGGCUUCCGGAAAGAAACGUGGGAAGUUUGUUAAAGUUCCAUGUGCCAUCCAUCCUGGAGUUAUAUUUGAUAUUAUGAUCAACAAAUGGAACCUACCUGCUCCCAACUUGGUUGUCUCUUUAGUUGGAGAAGAAGAAAACUUCCAAAUGAAACCUUGGUUACGGGACACCUUAAGAAAAGGACUUGUAAAGGCCACAGAAAGCACUGGUGCCUGGAUCUUUACCAGUGCUUUACGUGUUGGAAUAACGAGGCAUAUAGGGCAAGCAGUCCAAGAUCACACACUGGCUAGUACUUCAGCCAGAGUAAGAGUGAUUACAAUAGGAAUAACUUCACUGGGAAAAAUUCAGCAUGGAGAGAUUCUGGACAAUGUGAAGAAUGAAAACCUUGUAUGCUACAAGUCAGAUGAUAAUGGCCAAGGGCCACUGUACUCCCUUGACAACAAUCACUCCCAUUUUAUUUUGGUGGAUCAGAUAAAUCCAGAUGAGCCAGAUGGAACUACUAAACUACGGCUCACCUUGGAGAAACACAUUUCAGAACAGCGCACUGGUUAUGGAGGAACAGGUAGCAUUGAAAUCCCUGUGCUUUGUUUACUGGUAAAUGGAGGACCAAAAACACUCGAGAGAAUUUGCAGGGGCUUGGAAAACUCUGCUCCCUGGCUUAUCUUAGCAGGAUCUGGGGGUACAGCUGACAUCUUAGCUGCAGUAGUGAAUGAGCCACAGCUUAUUGUGCCACAAGUUGUUGAAAAGCAACUUAAAGAGAAAUUUCCUGCAGAAAACUUUUUAUGGAAGGACAUUCUCCAUUGGACAGCAACAAUUCAGAACAUUGUUUCCCAGCAGCAUCUUUUAACAGUGCACAGUUUUGAGCAAGAAAGUUCAGAUGAAUUAGACACAGUCAUUUUGAAAGCUUUGGUCAAAGCCUGUAAAAGUCAUAGUCAGGAAGCCCAGGAAUACCUGGAUGAACUGAAGCUGGCAGUGGCCUGGAAUAGAGUGGACAUAGCUAAAAGUGAAAUAUUCAAUGGCGAUGUGGAAUGGAAGUCCUGUGACCUAGAGGAAGUGAUGAUGGAUGCUCUGGUGAAUGAUAAGCCAGAAUUUGUAAAGUUAUUUAUUGACAAUGGGGCCAACAUGAAUGACUUCCUGACGUACAGCCGGCUUCAGAGGCUCUACUGCUCCAUCUCUCGGAAAUGCCUCCUCUAUGCACUCCUCCUGAAGAAACAUGAGGAAAGCAAGCUGACUCUAGCAGGGAUCACUGGUCAACAACAUAAGGAAAUGAUAGAUGUCUGCCCGCUCUUUACCCUCCAUGAAGUUUCUAGAGUGCUCAAGGAUUUUCUUCAUGAUGCAUGUAGAGGUUUCUAUCAAGAGGUCAAGCAAGGAAGCAAGAGGAAAGCUGAUAAAACAAAUGCAAAACGAUUACCUGGGCUCCUGGAUAUGAACCAGAAGAGUGAGAAUCCCUGGAGGGAUUUAUUUUUAUGGGCAGUACUUCAAAACCGGCAUAAGAUGGCAAACUAUUUCUGGGCUAUGGGACAAGAAGGUGUAGCUGCAGCUCUGGCAGCUUGUAAGAUUCUCAAGGACAUGUCCCGACUGGAGACAGAGGCUGAAGUAGCCCGUAGGAUGAAAGAAGCCAAGUAUGAUCAGCUCGCUCUGGAGCUAUUCAGUGAAUGCUAUCACAACAGUGAGGAACGAGCUUUUGCUUUACUGGUGAGGAAAAACCAAUACUGGAGCAAAACUACCUGUCUCCACUUGGCCACAGAAGCAGAUGCUAAGUCUUUCUUUGCACACGAUGGUGUCCAGGCCUUCUUGACAAAAAUCUGGUGGGGAGACAUGUCAACAAGCACUCCGAUCCUGAAGUUAAUCUGCGGAUUCUGGUGUCCUCUUCUAAUCUACACUAAUCUAAUAGCAUUCAGUGAACAAGUACAAUCAAAGAAUGAGCCAGAGACAUUCAGAGAGCUAGAGAGCCUAGACACAGAAAGGACUUUGCUUUUUUCCAAGGAGGGGGAUAGGGUAGAUGUCAAAUUAGAGAAGCGGAGAUCUUCUGAAAACAUAGCAUGGGCAACAUUCAUGUUUACUCGCUGGAAAAAGUUUUGGAGUGCCCCUGUAACAGUAUUUAUGGGGAAUGUUAUCAUGUAUUUUGCUUUUCUGUUUCUAUUUACCUAUGUCUUGUUACUGGAUUUUAAACCACCACCACCUGAGGGGCCUUCUGUUAAGGAGAUUAUACUUUACUUUUGGGUUUUUACAUUGGUCUUGGAAGAAAUCCGACAGAGUUUCUUUACAGAUGAAGACAUGAAUUUAAUGAAGAAAUUUAAACUGUACAUGGAGGAUAACUGGAAUAAGUGUGAUAUGGUGGCCAUCUUUCUGUUUAUAAUUGGAGUGACCUGCAGAAUGCUGAACUCAACAUUUCAAGCCGGCCGUACAGUACUUGCUAUUGAUUUCAUGGUGUUCACUCUGAGACUUAUACAUAUUUUUGCCAUUCACAAGCAACUAGGGCCAAAGAUCAUAAUUGUGGAAAGAAUGAUGAAGGAUGUUUUCUUCUUUCUCUUUUUCCUGAGUGUGUGGCUCAUUGCCUAUGGUGUGACAACUCAAGCCUUACUCCAUCCUGAUGACAGCCGAGUAGAAUGGAUAUUCAGAAGGGUGCUUUAUCGUCCUUACCUUCAGAUAUUUGGGCAGAUUCCACUGGAUGAAAUAGACACAUCUCGUAUGCGUCUUGAGAACUGUACCUCUUCCCUGAAGAGUCCACGGGAAAAUUCACCAUUAUGUUCUAAUACCUAUGCCAAUUGGCUUGUCAUACUUCUGUUGGUCACUUUCUUAUUGGUCACCAAUGUGCUGCUUAUGAAUCUCCUGAUUGCUAUGUUCAGUUAUACUUUUCAAGUUGUUCAGGGCAAUGCAGACAUCUUCUGGAAAUUUCAGCGGUACAACCUGAUUGUGGAAUACCAUGGUCGUCCAGCGUUGGCACCACCAUUUAUCAUUAUUAGCCACGUGCAUCUGAUUCUCAGAAGAAUCUUCAAAAAGAUGGAGCACAAAAAGGAACAUCUGGAAAGAGAUCUGCCAGACAGCCUGGAUCAAAAAAUCAUAACAUGGGAGGUGGUCCAAAAGGAAAAUUAUCUUGCAAACCUGGAACAAAAGAAAAAAGAAAGUAACGAAGAGAGACUAAAGAAAACAUUUAACAAGGUGGACAACCUGUCUAAAUAUUUUAGUGGAAUGAAAGAGCAAGAGAAACGGCUUAGAUCUCUGGAAUCACAAGUUAACUACUGUUCAGCUGUUAUUUCUUCAAUGGCAGAUACUUUAAGCAAAAAUAACCUCUUGUGCAAUAGACCAGUUCCAAAAUAUACAAGUUUUUUGAAUACCAGCACAAAUCAAACAAUCCUACCAGAAAGAAGUGAAGGCAAAGAGCUUACAGAAGAGUCUGAAAAUGAUAUGAUGUACAUUGAUAAUUAAAUGAAGUUCUCAUUUCCUCAGAUUAGUUUGCCAUUUUGAAGUACUUCUGGGGUGAAAU